GUUUGGCUUUCAUUCAAACAGCUUUCUAUUAGGUUAACAUAUAACAGUGUGAAACCAUGUCCAGGGAAAAGAGUCUAGAUGAAAAAUUUCAUGGUCAUUUUCUAAAAGAACGUAACCAAAUAUAUCAGGAAAUAAAGCAAUUUAUGUAUGUAGUUCUGUGGCAUCUUGUGGACUUUGAGAAAGGUGACCAUUCAAAGUUAACGGAAGCUGUUAUCGCAAAAAGGAUCGAAGGAAAAUUCCGUUUUUUGAUGGAAUCGUUUUGUCAUAUACAUGGCUUAUAUGCCUACCCCGCAUCAUCAGAGAGAGAUUUUAUUCCGCGAAAUGCAGAAAUAGAAAUAAAAAAACAUGCCGUAAAAGAAAUCUUUGAUGAGUUGAAUAUAGAAAAUAAGAAACUUGAAAACUACUGUGUAGGCGCAAAGAAUAAGGAUUUUUGGAAGUUCAAUCCUGCUCAAUUUUCUCUUGACAGUUUAAACAGAGAACCUGCAUAUAUCUUUUUGGAAAUGAUGCGAGAUCUUUUACCUGGUAGCGCAAGAGUUUCUGAAUUAAGUCGAUUUGUUUUGGAGGGUCUGCCGAAUGAAAACAUAUUUAGACCCAAAGUGUGGGUCCAGCAUAAGGAGGACCUCAAAUACUAUGGUGUCUCUCUUGGUGUUCCUGCCUUUGUCCGACCGUUAUACCUUUUCAGUAAACUGCGGUAUCUGUUAAGUGACGGUGAUGAAAAUAAUGUAGAACUCGCUGACGUACAGGCUUAUGAAACGAAGGAGACGAAGAAGAAGAAGGAGGAGAAGAAGAAGAAGGAAGAGGAGGAGGAGAAGGAUAAGGAUAGCAGAGAUGACGAUGAAGAUAGAGGAGGUGAUGGGAAUUAUGUAGAAUACGAUGAUACGCGGGAUUUUGAAAUGAAGGAUAGCGGAGAAGACGAGAAUAGAAGUGGCCGUACAGCCAAUGAGAAGCGGCCGUUCAAAAAGAAGUGGCCUUACAGCGAACGUUUACUUCCAUGUAAAAGUUGCAAAAUCAUCUGCGACGGUUAUAACUCGUAUAUAGACGACACAAGCUUUAACUAUUUCGGAAAUUGCGCUGAAUACGACGUUAUUCGAAAUCAGCAAACUUGUUCAAGGUUAAAAGAGUCGUUAAAAUCAACCUACAACAGGAAAUGGGUUGAGGUCAAAUCAUCUUGUGAGAAUCAGCUCACAGCCUUUCGUGAUUUUACCAGGAGGGAAGACACAACUCGAAGAACAAGGUCACAUACCACAAAAGAAAUAGUGAAAGCGUACUAUACCAAAGCCUAUGGGACGAAGACGUUAAAAUAUAAAUGGAAAGGUGCACAGAACGGCUACAUUCUUACUGCGAAGUCGAAAGCAAAAAACGAGUCGAGAAGAGAAGACGCAAGGCUCUAGGAAGUUAAAUUAUAGCAUAUGAAUGAGAAAAUCAAAGGCAAUUCCGCUGGAAAAAAACUAUUCUUGAAACAGAGAGAAGAGAAAAAAACUCAUAGUCAGAUCCUUUGUAUCUUGCAGUUUGAGCGACAGAUAUUUGUAAGCAUGUUGAUUCAUUUACUGGUAAAUAGUGUCAUUUAAAUUACCUUUCCCCGCAGGAAAACGUGUUAAAUUGAGGUCAUUAGAAACGGCAUCUUUACUGAGCAUUGCGAAUCAAGUCACGUUUACGAAUCCAACUUUUUUUAGAACUACCAAGUUUAGGUUUUAGAAAUUUUCCUUUUUUUAAUUAGAACUGCCCAUUUUGGGAAAUGGGAAGCCUUUUAAAAAUGGGAUGAAUCCUGGUUAAGAUAUGCACGUAGUUUUGUUAGAUAUAUGUUUUCAAAUGUUUUUGGCAAAUAAAUUGAUGAUGCCUAGUAACUGUAGUCGAUUGUAAAACGUCUACGAGUUUCAGUUCUCCCUCAGU